ACCAACUUACUACUAGACUCUGGCUGCAUUACUACCAUGAGACGAGGUGAUAUCUUGGCUAGUUUUCUGGGGCUUCUUCUAUGUCCUUCAUCCCGAAACUUGUUGAGAUUCAGCAUUGCGGUUCCUUUGGAAGACCACACGAGAGCCUUGACCAAUGUUCACUCAAUCGUCAAAAGGGCUACCCCAUCUCAACCAUCAGCCCCAACCGACUCGGUGCCAGAUGUCCUGGAGAAACCGGCCCCUGAGGAAGACUUGGUACCUGAUGUGCCAACAGACCUGUUCCCUCAGGAUAUCGCGUCCUUACAAUUUGCUUGGAACCACCUUCUAGAGGAUGAUCACCACGGCGUGGGCUUAGCCCUCCCGGAAACAGAGAUCGAUAAUAAGAUAGGACAGCUUAACGCGGACCUGGUACAAGCUCUUAAAGGUGAUGACAAGCCGAUGUCACCCGAAGCUAUUACAGAUGAACUAGAGCACGCACCGAAAGAAACUACCCGACCGAAAAUGUCGAGACAACUUCCAAGUGCAGAGAGUUUUGAAUCAGGCAUCGAAUUCAACCGACUCGCUCAAAGACGGAAAAUGAUACCAGAAUCGUCCAACUCCCAAGCAGACCGGCAUCUGUCAAGCACCAAGAUCAGUCAAGUUGGACCCAACACUAAAAUAUUGGAGCCAUCCACAGGAUCUGAAAAGAAUUUGAUUUUAGAUCGUCCUACCCCAUCCUGGAAUCCAGAGCCGAGCGAGUCAUCUGGCGUCACACGUGGUCUCAAGUUUCCACACUUUCCUUAAACACAUCAAAGCGAUGCAUAACGUAGAUGUGAUUUGCCGAAAGGAAUUGUUUGAACAUCAUUUCGGUUGUUUAGUUGUUUUAUUUUUGAAAUGUCUGUGGUCAAAUUUACUUGAUCGGUUUGCUCGUGUCCCUUCCUAUAGGUUUGCUGCUCUUGCCA